AUGGCUCAUCUUAUCGACACUUACAACGAGAAUCUGGUUUUCAGAUUCUCUGCGAUUCCACUAAACCAUCUUCUACAUACUCGAACUGAGCGACAUCUCGACAGCUCGACUAGUAUUAGAAGGGCGCUGAUAGCGACACUGUUGAUCAGUCUUGCUCAUACUGGUAUUCAGUCUGUAUUAGAACUGAAGCUUAUCGAUCAAUCAAUCACAGACGGUUUCUUCGACCUUCAUUCAGAAGGAGGACUACUGUUCUGGAUGCUCACUUCUGCCGCUUUCGCGCUUACCUACCUUUUCGUCCUCUGUCUGCCAAUCACCUGUGUCAGAAGAUACGUAACUCUACCAAGCAAAUGCUCUUUUUACUUGUACUGCAUAAUGCUCUCGUUCCUCAACAUACUUCAAGCGUUCGGAGCAAUUCUGCUGUUUUUCCACGCUACCGACGGCAUGUGCUUCGUCGAUUUUUCAACGUAUUUGUACUUUUGCUUCUAUACGCCUAUCGUGUACGUAACGUUCUUGAGGAGAUCACUGAGACAUCCAAGUUCAAGUUCUGGCAACAGCCUUUUCUCCUACAGAAAACAGCGUGAUGAGCAUGGUUCUGGCGAUCUGCCGGAUUCCUACUUCCCACGCUUCUCAGGUCUGACAUCGCCAUCGUACGACGAUCUGUUCGACUGUUCGCCACGUGCUGCUGUGACUUAUUCGGAUGCUCCGCUGAUGCUUUCUACAGCUGAAACAGCCGAGUCAACGGUGACGACAAGAACGGGCUCUGACGAGUGGGAAGCGAGGCACUCGGGAUUGUGGGAAGCAAACAUGGAGACGCGACAUCUCAAAGGUCUCGGCGCUGACGGAAGCCUUGUAUUCGACGACGACCCGUACCCACGUUGGCAUCGCUAG